UUCCUCCCUCCCCUUCGCGCGCGGACGCAAUAACGGAGCUGGAGGGCAGAUUUGGGAAAGGCAUGCUCGCGCCUGCGCAGUGGGGACAUUGACGCCGUCACUUGCCCAGUUCAGGUGACGUCAGUGCCAAUCCCUCCAUUGACUUCCUAACGCUAAAAAUGGCUGAUCCUUGGCAAGAAUGCAUGGACUAUGCAAUUCUUUUGGCAAGAAAAGCUGGAGAGGUAAUCCGAGAGGCACUGACAAAGGAGAUAGCUGUCAUGAUUAAAAGUUCUCCAGCAGAUCUAGUGACAGUCACUGAUCAAAAAGUGGAAAAUAUGUUAAUUUCUUCUAUAAAAGAAAAAUAUCCAUCUCACAGCUUCAUUGGAGAAGAGUCAGUUGCAGCUGGUGCAGGAAGUGCUUUGACGGAUAAUCCCACUUGGAUUAUUGACCCUAUUGAUGGAACUACUAACUUUGUGCACAGGUUUCCCUUUGUGGCAGUUUCAAUUGGCUUUGUGGUAAAGAAGCAGAUGGAAUUUGGGAUUGUGUAUAGCUGCAUAGAAGACAAAAUGUAUACUGCCAGAAAAGGAAAAGGAGCAUUUUGCAAUGGGGAAAAGCUCCAAGUAUCACAGCAGCAUGAUAUUACAAAAGCACUCUUAGUGUCGGAACUGGGAUCCAACCGUGAUCCAGAAGUUAUAAAAACAGUUCUUUCCAACAUGCAAAGACUCCUCAGCAUUCCUGUUCAUGGGAUCAGAGCAGUUGGGACAGCAGCUGUAAAUAUGUGCCUGGUGGCAACAGGAGGAGCAGAUGCCUAUUAUGAGAUGGGAAUUCAUUGCUGGGAUAUGGCAGGAGCUGGAAUUAUCAUUACUGAAGCAGGCGGUGUGCUGCUAGACGUCUCAGGAGGGCCAUUCGAUUUGAUGUCAAGAAGAAUAAUUGCUGCAAAUAGUCAAGCACUGGCAGAGCGAAUUGCCAAAGAGAUUCAGGUCAUUCCAUUGCAACGGGAUGAUGCAACAAAUUAGUGUCUUAAUUGCAUCCUCUAUGUGAUUCUUGUCAGCUGGUCUGAAUAUUUCAAAAGAGCUUUCUGUGAGAAGAAACCCUACCCUUUGCACUUGAGUAGUGUAGCAGGCAAGCAUGGGACACGUAUAAAAACCCCUGACAUUUCAAAGCCUGAACUUUAAAUCCCUGCCACUUUCAAAGCUUCUGAAAAUUUCUUUUCUCUUUACAAAUGCCACAUGGACAUUCGGAAAAAUUUUUUUUAAGUGUUGUGAUUUUCAGUUUCUGAAAAAAAUAUUAUGGAAAUUAGGGAAAGAUUAUUUUAUCUCAGGAUUUAAUAUUUUGUAUGUAUAUGUACCAUGUAGUUUCUUCAUAGUUCAGCCUUAGUACAUUUCACAGCAAGAUUAUUGAACCUAUGUACACAUUGAAUAUUGUAUGUGUUCUUUUCUGUACAUGCUGAAAAACCCCACACAAUUCUUAAAACAAGAAUAGAGAGCAAGUGCCCCUGCAGAUGUUGGAUUGUAAUGCCAGUGAUUUCUAACCAUUGGUUAUCUUUACUAGGGCUGCCAUGAAACUGCAUCUAGAGGACCACAUGUAUUUCAUGGCUGAAUACUUUAAGAGAGAAAGAGAUUGGGAAAAGUCCAGAAAUAUUGUUAACAAGAGAAAAUAAAAUGUAAGGUUACAAACCCACAAUUGCAGAGACUUGCUUUUGUAAUCUGAAGAGUAAACUAGAUACCAUCCUGGCAAAUCCACAGUACCAAAUGCACAUUUGUAACUGAUAGAGUAAAAUAUUUAUUUUAAUCUCGUGUAUGAAGAUCAGUAGAAUUUAAGAACAAUUUUGUGAUUCCCCAAUGAGAAUUCCAAUAUAUUGAGAAUUCCUAUUUAUUUAUGUAUUUAUUUAUUUUAAUUUCUAUGCCACUUUUCUCCCAGAAAGGAACCCAAGGUGGCUCAUAAAAUUAAAAACAAUUAAAAUCAGCCAUCUAAAAGCAGUAUUAAAUGACAUAAAAACGUACAGAAGUUAAAAAACAUCUAAAGCAACACCUUGUCGUAUAAAAGCCUCCUUGACAGGAUUAUAUAUUAAAAGCCCGCUUGAAUAAAGAUAUCUUUGCCUGCUGGCAAAAAGAAAGCAGGGAGGGGGCCAGCCUAACCUUGCAUAUAUACUCACAAGAUAUUUCAAGAGUUCUCCACCCAAAAAAAGAAAACAAAACCAAGAUCCAGAGCUUCUGAAACAUAGCAUGUGUUAGUCAUUUGUGGUCUCCCAUCUGAGUGGUAUUCAUGGGGGGGGGAGGUGUUUUCUUCCUUUUUUCUUUUCUUUACCCUCCUUUUUUUUUAAACAAAAGUAUAUAAUUUUUAAAAUGACCUGGAACCUUACAUUGCAUGAGACAGUACCCCAGCAACAAAUUGCAGUGGAUUUCCGGAGACAUUUUUGUUGCAGCUGUUGUUUGUCCCUAAAUACAACCACACACCGAGUAGGUGGCUGAAACUCAUAGACACUCUUUUAAAAUGUUUAAAAUGCAUACCUUAUAGGCAUCAUUCUGAAUCAAUUCUGCAAGAAAAGGUGACAGUGGAGUAUUAGGAUCUGCUCCCAUUUCUGUUUAGUUAGUUUUAACUAUCAGUCUCUAAAACUGUAUAUCCAGUCUGAAUAUAAUGGAUCAUGCCACAUUCAUUAAUUCCUUAAAAACAGUUCAAAUAAGAUACGUUUGACAAGUGUACAAUUUUUUAAAAAGAAUAAAGGAAAAUAUACAAAAUCCAUGGUGUGUGUGUUAUAUACAACUUUGUGCAACCCAUCACUUUGGCAGUAUGAACAAACAAGGGGAGGGUUAAACUUGCUUCUCUUUAAUAUUUUGGAAAAGGGGUAUUACGUCUUUUUUUUUUUACUGCAGCUCUUAAAUAACUUCCUAAAAAUGCCUUUAACUGAGUAAAUUACUACCUGUAGGUGUGCAGUGGUUAACCUUCAACCAGUAGAGGGACUCAGUUCACCAAAUUAGAAUGUUUAUUUCUCCUACUAUUAUGCUGAUACACUACUGUAAUAUGCUUGUCACUUUAUAAAGCAAACUUUUCCUUUUCAGUUGUAUCUUCUCGUCUCCAUACAUUUGCUGCUGUUGACAGGCCAGAUAAUGCCAGUACUCUCUCUUGUGUGCGGUAUACUUUAUGCUAUAUGGCUUUUCACGUGCACCAAUGCUUCACAGGCUAUCUAUCUACCACCACCACCUCCACCACCAUUCCCUUCUCCUUUUGUGUUGUGUCUUUUUAGAUUGUAAGCCUGAGGGCAGGGAACCAUCUAUUAUCCCCUCUGUUGUAAGCCGUCUGGAUUCUCAGUG